UGUAUUCCUACAAUUCAAGGGAACUGUUAAAAAGUACUGCGGAUAUAAAAAGCAUCAUAGAUAAAAUAAUUAUGAAUUCACGAGUGAAUAUUUGUAGUCGUGAAGUAUCCUGGUAAUUUGUUUAACAACAGAAAUAAAGCGUAUGGUAAAACGCGAAAAGUGAAAGAUUUAUAAAAGGAGAAAUUUUUAAAAUUAUUUAACAGCUGAUUCAGAUCUUUCAUCAGAGUCGAUGAAGAUAUUUGAUGUAUCUUGUACAAUUUGGUCGAAGAUACGGCUGUUGAAAUUAUCGAAUUAUAAAAUAAGACCGUAAGAAGUUCUCCGUCUGAAAAUGAAAAUGACCGUAGGUGUAUCAACAAUAAUUGUGAUCGCAUUAUGUAUCAUAACAUCAGUCGAGUGCAUUCCAGAACUGCAGUUAUUGCACAUCAUGUUCGCGCAUAAAACAUAUGCACCGAUUUCGGAUAUAAUACACAGCAACGAUACAAGUUUGCCAAGCGAAUUAACUUAUGAAUACUUCAAUUCCGCUCCUCUUAACAUGCCCAAUACUGGCAAACUCAACAUGUACAAUCUGGGAGUCCAUUUACGCGAGGAAUAUAAUCAAUUUUUGGGUGAUCUUUAUACAGUAAAAACAAUGAAAAUGCAUACAGCGGAAUACCCAUUAUCAAUGAUGUCUGCUCAAUUAGUGAAUGCAGGCCUCUGGCCUCCGACGGAAACCCAAAAAUGGGACGAUGAUAUAAAUUGGCAACCAAUACCCAUGGAUUACAUAUCCAUUGAAAAAGACACUUUAUUACUGGGAAUGCGUUGCCCAAACUUUGUUUCUGAGAUGAACAGAGUUUUGAAUACAAUUCAAAUGAAAGAGACAAUGUUACAUCAUUUGCCUUUAUUCGAUUAUGUGUCUCACAAUUCUGGAAUAGAAAUACGGAAACCGUCUGAAGUAGCUCUUUUAUACGCGGCUCUCGAGACAAAAGCAGAUCUGAAUCAAUCUCUACCGUAUUGGGCCAAGGAAAUUUUUCCCGAUGGAGGAUUGUACAAUAUGACGUUGUUAGAGUACGAUCUCCUUUCGCAAACUCAUCUGCAAAGACAACUGAACGGAGGAACAAUUCUAAAGGAAAUUUUAGCGAAUUCGUUAAAUUAUAUUUAUGGGGGCAUACCCAAAGAACGGAAGCUCAUAAUAUACAGUGGUAACGACAGAAAUAUUGUCGCCAUUUUGAAGACUCUCGAUUUGUGGUCACCGCAUAUUCCCAAUGAGGCGGCUUCAGUAAUCUUCGAAAUGUAUUAUGAUAACGAAACAUUAAGCCACGGUAUAAAGAUAAAUUACUACACGGGUAUUGAAGAUGAUACUAUACCUUUGACGUUGCCCAACUGCACAGAAAUUUGCCCGCUGCAAAUAUUCUUGAAUUCCUUCUACGACGUGCUGCCAGAAAAUGCAGAAUUACUGUGCAAUUGGAAACGUACUGUCCUUCUUGACGAUGUACCAUUAUUAGACAACGCUCUUUACAGUCGAUCUGAAUCUCAUAAAUUGACAAGCGUUAUUAUUUGCUUUUCGUUAAUAAUCAUAUUGUUUCUCCACUAAAUAGUUGACAUAUAUAAUUUAUAGAAUUUAUAAUUAUAA